AUGUCCCAGUAUUCGUCGAAAUGGCUCAAGGUCUCUGAACCUUUCCCACAUGUGUUGCAUGUCGAGCUGGCGCGAGCACCAGUGAAUGCGUUCUCCGUCGAAUUCUGGAAGGCUUACGGCAAGCUAUUCGACUCAUUGACGGAGGACGGGUACGAUGUGCGCGCGUUGGUCCUGUCGUCCGCGUUCCCUAAGAUCUUUACUGCGGGCAUCGACUUGAGCGAUCUGUCUGGGCAAGGUGCCAUCGUGUCUGCCAACAGCCCCGACAAUGCACGGGCUGCCCUGCAAACCCGCAAGCAGCUGCUCGCGUUCCAAAGCGCGAUUGGUGCACCUGAGCGAACGCCCUUUCCCGUCAUCGCGGCUCUUCACGGCCAUGUUAUUGGCCUAGGCGUCGACAUCAUCGGGCCCUGCGAUAUCAGAUUUGCAGCCUCCAACACCAGCUUUAUCAUCAAGGAAGUCGACGUCGGCCUCGCCCCAGACAUCGGUACGCUUGCCUUCCUGCCCAAGAUCACGGGGAACCACUCGCUUGUUCGCGAGCUGACGUACACCUCGCGCCCGUUCUCUGCCGCUGAGGCGGAGAAGUUCGGCCUGGUGUCGAAGGUCGUUGUGGGUGGGCGGGAGGAGGUGAUCAAGGAGUCAUUGGAGCUCGCCAAGGUCAUAGCGGCGAAGAGCCCUGUUGCGGUCGCCAGUGCCAAGCACCUGAUCACGCACUCGCGGGACCACACCGUUGCCGAGAAUUUGGCGUCGACAGCAGCGUGGAAUGGUGCAGCGUUACAAACGAAUGACAUUGCUGCGAAUCUGCAAGCGGCGUUGAAGAAGCAAAAGGCAUCAUUCCCGCCACUCGCAGUUCCAACGAAAACGAAACUAUGA